GGGGGAUCUGGUAAUGGGUGGGGUCUGAGCUGAACGUUCAAUCUUGAAUCCCUUCUCUUCUCAUAUCUGAUUCGAGCUGAUUCGAGUCGGUUUCGUUUAGUUUAACAGUAUUCUUGCGUGCAACGCAUGAUACGCAUUAAUGUCCAUGUAAUGGCAGGCGCCAAGUGAGCGCGAGAUAUACAUCAGUCGCAGAACGUAGAUUCUUGAGAUCGAACGAAUUCUAUCCGCAACUUCUACAUAUAUAUUUCGUUUCCACACGCGACGAAAAUAAUACCGACGAGCGAGUGAUUCAUGAAAGUGAAGUUUAUAUAUCCUCUUAAGUUUCAUCUGUCAAGGCAGCAAGUGAAACAAACGCAUUGCGAAAGUCGUGCCUAAAAGAGGUGCGGAGAUUUUAUCAGCGUUAUCAACACUGUAUCGAAGCUUGGGGUAUUUCGAUCAUGCGUACAAUGUGAAUGAUCGUGGUUGACACUUGUGAGUCAGAUCAAAUUUUGGCAAAUGUACAAAGAAUUCGCCCUUCGCCAAAUACAUAUCGGAAUCGUUGAGCUGACCGUCUACGUGAGAGGUAAUGGAAGUGUAAACAUAUGUGUAUAUGGAAUCAAAGAAAUGAGUUGAAGUUUAUAUAAAGUGUAUUCAGAUGGUUGUUCCAGAGUUUUUGCAUUCAUAUGCGUGUACAGUUUUUGCAUUUAUAUACAUGCAUAUUUUAUUAAAGUAGAAACAUUAUACUAAAUGGAGAAAAGGAGUAUCACUGGAAAAGACAUCCUGAGAAUGGAUGGUCUUUUGCCACCAACCAAACGCUUGCCUGUUUGUGAUGCAGUGACCUCAUCAGAGAAGAAGAAAGAGAAGAAGUGGUCACUGGGUGGAAUUUUAAAACGAAUAUCUGCAAUACGGGAUUACGACAGUUCCUCUAAUGAAGAAGAAAUGGUGUACUGUAGAAGGCAACCAAGACCUCGCACAGUGUUCAAUAGAAAAUCACACAAUGUUGUUCUUCAUCCAGUCAAAAGCAAUCAUCAUUUAGAUAAGAAUAGUUCGACUAACAGCAUUGCUACAAAUUUAGUAGAUACAUCAAGUUUACAAAAGGACUCUACGCUAUCUCGUAGCAGUGAUGGAUCAUUGGAUGGACUGAAUAAAAAAACACGUAAAAAUAAACUAAAAGCUCGAAUAGAAGCAAAAAGAGACCGCAUUUGUGCAGAUAGUAGCUCUGAAGAAGAGACACGUAAAUCUUUUAAUUCGCUGCCAAGAUUUCAGAAUGAAACCGGUGUACAGAAUGUGCAGAAAAAUAGUUCCUCUAAUAGAAAAAGUCGUACUGCACGCACCGAACGGUAUAUAAAACGUUUGACAAGAGACGAGAGUCAUAGACUUCCGGAAAACUUGAACAACUUAACUAACAAACGCAGUAGCCUUGAUUUUAUGGAUGAAAAACAAUUAUUCGAUAGGGAUGCAGAUAUACCAAUUCAGCCUUCUGUACAAUCACAGCGCUCUAUUACUCAACCUAACAGUUACACUUUUCCAGUACAAAAAUCCGUUGAAAGUCUACGUCAGGCUACAGCAUCUAGUUAUCAAACAAAAUCAUCUAACGACCUUACGAAACAUCCUACAAAUCAAUAUAUUACAGAUUUAAAUCAAAACAACACAUACGCAAAACCAAAUAUCUUGCAAAGUGAUAGGAAUUAUAUAAAUCACAAUAGAAGUAACUACGUUUCAAAUUCACCUAUGACUAAUAGCGAGUACGCGAGACCUUAUAAUUAUUUGAGAAACGAUCAAUCUAGCUUGUGUGCUCGCAGCUUGUGUCCGCCAGAACCUCCACCAAGAGACCCACGCUGUAAAGUUUUCACCUACGGUUGUAAUUCCUUUCCGUUCAAUGGAAGAUAUCGGGUGUCAAAAUACGAUGAUACUACCUAUGCGAAAGUGAACCACGUGCCUGAAGUUACCAGAGACCAUUUAGAAGGUUUGAGAUCCUACGAGUCAAACAAUGAAACUAGAUCGUGUGGUUCGACUAAACGAUGCCCUCGACGUCCAUUGUCUCUGACAGUUCCUCCAACGCAAUCGUGUAAUUUAACAGAAUGUACAAACAACAGACACAACUCAACUGGUAGACACAUAGACGAAACCAUAGCUCACGAAACAGAAGCAAUGAAGUGUCAGCGAAGGAACGUUCGAAACGAUCAACUUAAUUCAAGGUUCACCGACUACAACGUCGAAGUGCAUGAAAAGAAAGCACUGACGACUGGGAUACACAAUAGGUCUAACAAUUCUUCGCUAUUUAUUCACAACAGAACUUCAAACUCACCAUCUAGAAAAUUGCCUUUGAAACAGGCUGUGCCAGAGUAUUCGAAUAAUACAUCGAGUAUAAAAACGGAAAGAAGUAAAAAAAAGCUGGCGGAAAUGAACGAGCAAGAUGCAUUAGAAAGGAAAAGAAGUUCAAAAAACCUAGAGGAAGCAUUGUCCGAGCUAGAAACGAUAUAUAACAGUCUACGUCUCGGAGACGAAGAUCUCCUCGAUCGGGCGGAACGACGUAGCAUGGAAGAAUUUUCUCUACGUAGAGGAAAACCCGACGAUACUGUUCCAUUGACUUCUGUGGACUCGCCAGACAGAUCAAAAGACGAUAUGGCAUAUAGAAGAAUGCAUCCGAAGGAACGACCUACAUCUUUGUCUGAAGCGAUCGGGCAAUCGACGCUCUCUAAUAUCAGCUAUCUAAUGGCUUCGCCCAUCUUGUUACGCAAAAACACAGUCUUUGAUUAUCCAUACUUGUCGGCUACAGAUUACCCAGUACACAAAGACGAACCGGAUGUGACGCGUGACGACGUCGUUUACAGGAGCUUUCAUUACGCUAACAACACAUUAAAAGUGGCCGAUCCUCAACCACCGUUUGGAAUACCUCUGGGGCCAGUAACCACCGCCACAGAAAGCGACUAUCUGCAUACAACGCCAACCAAACCAGAUUAUCCUCGUUCACCGUACAUACCGCAGUGCGAGCCUGACAUCGUUACAGACGACUUGGCCUAUCGAAACCUCCGGAAAGAUGCCAACACGACGAAGAAUACCGUCGAAAGUAAAACAGGCGUUGCAAAAGAUCAGGAAACCACUUUCGGCGUGAGGAAGAAACGAGCGGUUAGGUCGUUGUCCGCCAAUCUCUACGGUUUGAUCGAUCACGAUCGAAUACAUCUGCGAAGGGAACCCAGUCUACAGGAGAUCAAGGACGAGAUCAGCGAGUCUUUGAUUGAUAUCAAAUCGUUACCUGUGCGAAAAGAUUAUUAUAGACGCGUUGUAAGCGACGGUGAACUUUCCGAUUAUGACACUCGAUGGCGCACAGAGAGUUCAUUGAGAAGUAGUAAAACUGAUAUAAAUGGAAAUCAUCCCUCCUCGAAUGUACACAGGCAGAAACUCCGCGUUUAUGUUUCGCCAUCGACCCAAGUACAGAGGAUCGACAAGAAAGGGGACAACUCGAAUGCGGAGAACUGUAUGACGUCCACCGAUAUAUUGUCCAAGGCAUUGAACAAUGAAUUCUGGCAGGAUUGUUUGCAAUCAAAAUCUAAUAAGUCGUCCAAUACGGAUACCGAAUCAGAUUUCACGGCGUACAGCCGUUUGUGCCAAGAUUUGGUUAAUUUGAUAGAGGGACCGGACGUUGAACCAGUUAAAGAAACGAUCCAUGCUAAUUUAGAGCAAUCUGCGAAAGUAGACGAUUUGAAUGAGAAUAAUAAAUCUAACGAAUCCUCGGUUCUGCGUAUUCAAUCUUUGGGUAGCCAUUAUUCAAAGCAUAACGAAAAGGGUAAGGAAAGCACGGACAAUGGAGACAUUGAAAGACUGACGGAAUCCAUCAUUGAUCCCAAGAACGAAGAUCUCGAGAAGACCGACGAUAAUGCGUUUGACUUCUAUCUGCGUGUUGCGGAUGAGAAUGUUAAACUAAUUGCGGAGGCGUUCAGCAGCGUGGCGGAUCGCUUACGUGAUAGUCGUUUAAGCCAAAAGAAUUCGCUGACGUCGCGCCGUUCUGAAAUAGAAACCGAUAGUACGGCGCCCAACACGAGCACUUGUAGCUCCGUCACUUGCAGUCCAGACGAUGUAAACGACGAGCUGUCUACAUCGUCGAAGACCACCGAUAUAUCGCACGUAGUUCCUAAAGAAGAUGCGACGAUAGAUUUAGAGGAGGACCACGAGAAAGUGGAAUCGAACGAGACAAAAGAUAAUUCGAAUGCCGAUCCAGAACUCGACUUAACCAAAGCUGUGCAUGAUUUACAGUUAGCAGCAGCGAGCUUGUGCGAACACGAAAAAGAGAUCGAGGAGUUGAAAGCGUUAUUAAGGAAGGAUGCACCUCCUUCUAAUGUUCCAAAUGUGGAGGAUAAAGAGUCUUUGGUAUCCUCUGACAAGGAAAGCGAAUCUCCUCUUUUGGAAAGCGAAGAGAAGGAACUAGAAUGCGAGCAAGAGGAUACUAUAGUAUCGACUGAUGUUACGAUGCGGACUGAUGAACGUGACCCAGAUUGCGAAGGUGAGAGCAUAAAAUGCGAAAAUAUUUGUGGUCCGCACAGCAUCGGCAUCGUUCGUUCGAGUGGAAUGCGUGUUUCGUAUGUCACUAAUCUCAUAACUGUUAUAAUAACAACAUAUUGUCUGGUUUUGUUGGCUUGUUUCAUUGCACUGCUUCUAGCGACCGUAGCGGCAUCAUGACUGGCCCAUUAACGGCAGUGCCUUAACGCAUUUUGUGAUUAGGUUUGCUACGAAGCGGUGUUAAUACAUUGAGGCUAUUAUUAUUUUCAAUCAUGUUACUAAUGUCGUAGGUCUCCCGGCACUUGAUCAUUCAUGAUGUGAACCAUUCUAUACGAGUGCAUAACUAACCGAUACACGACGUUGUUGAACGACAUGCGGCAGGACAAUUGAAUUUGUUUAAAAUCGAAUUUCUAUGGACUGUUUCAGAAGGAAUGGUUUGUUCUUGUUCUUGUUAAUGUUGUUGGUUUUAAUAAAGUUUAAAUGUUAACUAGG